AUGCACCGCUGGCUGAACGUAGCGGUUCCGCCUACGGGGGACCUGUCGGCACUGCACCGUUGGCGCACCCCGUCGACGAACGCCCUAGCCCCGACUUCCGUCCAGCUUCUCGUGUGGAACAUCGACUACGCAUCACCUCACCCCUACACACGGCUUCUGCGCAUCCUCUCUUACCUCGAACAAAUCGCCAAAUUUCGAUCCGGGUCGCCAAGUCCCUGCUGCAUUCUCCUGCAAGAAGUCGCCAUGCACGUCUUCCCGAGCCUCCUCGCCCAUCAGUGGGUCCGCACAAACUUCCUCGUCGUCCCCUCUGGGCCGGACAGGUGGCCGCCAGGUACGACGUACGGAAACGUCACGCUCGUGUCCAAGGCCGUACCGUUUCUCUCCGCACAGCUCCUCGUGUUCGGGAACUCCACGAUGGGCAGGUCGGCCCUCUUUGUGGAUAUCGCGCUGCGUGACCCUCGCUCCGCACGACACCUCACCCUACGACUCGCCAACACGCACCUAGAGUCUCUCCCGGACCUUGCCCCGGCCCGCUACGAGCAGCUCUCUGCGAUCGCACACAAGCUGCGUGAGCCAGGGCUGUAUGGCGGAGUCGUGGCCGGGGACAUGAAUACGCUCCGCCCAAGUGACGAAAUUAUGCACACGCGUGCAGGUUUGCUCGACGCGUACAAAGACGACCCAAGGGAUCGCGAGAGCUUUACGUGGGGGUUUCAGCCCCCUUCGCAUUAUCCCCCGGGCAGGCUGGAUAGAAUAUAUUACACACCAGGCAAGGCGGUAUCGGACGGAUACCCGCUCUACGUUUACGAGCCUGAAGUGAUGGGCAUUAACCUCAAAACGGAAUACCGGACUUGGGCUAGUGACCAUCGUGGUCUCAUAUCGAGGGUGCGAUUCUCGCCUGUCGCUCCACGAGAGGUAGGCUUGUGUCGUCUGUUAUGA